CCGCGUGCAACUGCGCUUCGUGACCGAGGAGCAGCUCUUCGGGCCCGGGCCGCUGUCGCCCCCGACCCCGCAGUCCCUGCGGCUGGACGUGCACCCGGCGGGGGAGGAGGCGGACGCGACGGUGACUGACGUGGACAUGGCAAAUAGGCCAUGAGCUUGAACUGAGUGAACCUGAAUCUGAACUUGAGUGAUGCCAGUGGUGGUUCCAGUCACGUUAGCACUUUUGGUCCUUGCUGUGUGCCAAGUCCUCCAUGGGAAUCAGAGGUGAAGAGGUCACAAUUCCUGCUCAUGAGUAGUGUGACAUCUUCCAACAUGAAUAAAAUGGGGAUAGAAAUUAAAGAAGGAGCAAAGGACCAAAAGAAAGCUGAUGGCGUCUGUGUCUUUAAAUGCUUACUCAACAGAGACACUGAAUGCUGCCGGGUGGGGAAGGAAUCCAUCUUGAUUACUCUGGGAUACAACAGUGCUUUGUUGAAGUUUGAGUCUCAUGCUGAUCUCAGCUCCUUUUCAAAUACCUUGAAAAGAUGCCGGAAUGAGAAAAAGGAAUUGUCGGUGUUCAACCAGCGGACAGAAGAGGCAUCUGCCGUGCAGUACUUCCAGUUUUAUGGCUGCAUUUCCCAGCAGCAGAACAUGAUGCAAGAUUUCGUGAGGACAGCCACAUACCACAGAGCCAUCCUCCAGAACCACAUUGACUUUAGAGACAAGAUUGUUCUAGAUGUUGGUUGUGGAUCAGGAAUACUAUCAUUUUUUGCCGUCCAGGCUGGAGCUAGGAGAGUGUAUGCUGUUGAAGCCAGCUCGGUAGCACAGUAUGCUGAGAUGCUGGUGAAAAAUAACCACCUUUCUGACAAGAUCAUUGUUCUGCCAGGGAAAAUUGAAGACAUCUCUCUUCCUGAAGCUGUAGAUGUGAUCAUUUCAGAACCGAUGGGAUACAUGCUGUUUAAUGAAAGGAUGCUGGAGAGUUACCUUCAUUCCAAAAAAUGGCUGAAAGCAAAUGGAAUGAUGUUCCCGACAUUUGGCGACAUCCACUUGGCCCCCUUUUCUGAUGAACAGCUCUACAUGGAACACUACUCCAGAGCCAACUUUUGGUACCAGCAGUGCUUCUACGGGGUCAACCUGUCCAGCCUCCGGGGGGCCGCAGUGGACGAGUAUUUCAGACAGCCAAUAGUAGACACAUUCGACAUUAGGAUUUUGAUGGCUCGGACAGUCAAAUACACAGUCAACUUUAUGGAUGCGGAAGAGGCAGAUCUCCAUAGAGUAGAAAUCCCUUUUGUGUUUCAGAUGAUGCAGUCUGGCCUAGUCCACGGCCUGGCGUUCUGGUUCGACGUGGCCUUUGUCGGAUCUCUGGUAACCGUUUGGCUGUCAACAGCCCCAACGGAGCCUCUGACUCAUUGGUAUCAGGUGCGGUGUCUUCUUCACACUCCUCUCUUUGCCAAAGAAGGAGAGACCCUCUCAGGGAGAGUGCUCUUUGUAGCCAACAGACGACAGAGCUAUGACAUUCAGAUUGUGGCGCUGGUAAACCAGACGGGCUUCAGAUCUGGGAACAUCCUCGAUUUAAAGAAUCCUUUCUUUAGGUUUGCUUAGAAGAUAGCCCCAAGCCAAUCAAUAAGUAAAAUGAAGGCCCGAGAAGUCCCUCAACGUCCAAGUUCAUAUUUCAUGUUCGAAACAUGCACUCUAAGUUUUAUGAGGAUGAUUAGGUUGAUUUAAACUCUUUUUUUUUUUUUUUCCUAACUUGAAAUACGCAUCCUAAGUUUAUUGGCAAGUCUAUUUCUUGGUGCUGCUUAGACUGGCUCUUCACAGCUUCCUGCAUGUGGCUCAAGAACAAGUUCUUCUCAAUUUGUGGUUUCUCUUUAUUAUGAUUUUAGUAAACCCAACAGUGUUGCUUUCAAAGUAUUUACAAAGGAAACUUAACAAAACCCUACCUCACGUUUAUAUGUAUGCAUAUGUAUGACACAACACAAGGGCAUGCUAGGAGUGAGCUUCUAUUUACAAUUGUAAGCUGUUUUCACAGGUAUUUUCACCAAUCAACACUAGUUUCUAGCUGAGCGAUGUGUUAAAGAAUUUUUGCCUUAUUCAUGUAAUGGAACAAUAUGAUGUCAGGAAUGUUCUUCAUUGGCAAUAUUUGAUGACUCUUAAUGUAGUUAAGGAAAUAAAGCUGGAACCUUUGUCACUUCUUUUAGGUUGACAAUAAAAAUGUACAGUGCGAGAUACCAA